AUGGUGGGAAGUGCGUAUUGUUGAACAGCUGACAGGUGGUUGGUAGAAACCGUCACGUGAUCUCGGCCUGCUCUCCCAUUGGUCGACUUACGAGCCCUUGCAAUCCGCUCACACCCGCGCCCUUCCUCUUAUUUUAAAGGUCGUAUAGGUUAAAGUGUGCUUUAUUUUGUGCGUACGUUGACUUGUUUUUAAGCUCCUGGUGUUUAUUUAUUUUAUACGUGUUACAAUACAUCAAAACAUUCUUGGAGGAAAUACGAACUGUUACACAUGGUAUCGACCACUGAUAAGGAGAGAUAGGCGGCCAUCUUUGACCAAUGCUGAUUCUACCUGACUGCACUAUGUAAAAUAUCAUGAAGUAUGCUGCUAUCCUCUUAGUUCUCAUUGUCUCUCAGGUAUGCCAAUGUCGCUUGCGCCAUCGUAGUCACACAGUGAUGUGUGGUCGGUGUGCCCCUGGAUGGGGUGUAGUGCGCCCCUGCACUCCACUCUCACACACCGUCUGCGCGCCUUGUGCUGCUGGUCACUACUCCCCCCACCACUCUUACCGUGCACCCUGUUGGCUGUGUUCACACUGCGGCCCUGGACUGUAUGAAGCCCACCCCUGCACCCCCAUUACCGACACUGUGUGUGAUAGCUGUCUGCGCCUCCAACUUCUCAACGCUUCCAAGCAUUGUCCAUGAACACUGAUUGAAUUACAACGUUUUUUUGCUAUUUCAAAUUAGGACAGCUUUAAUUAAGAUUUGAAAUAAAUCUAUAUAAUUUUUGUUGAUUUAUUUCUAAACUUGAGUCAAACUUUUUCCAAACUGACUAAAGGUCAAUGAUUCAACUUUAACUUUGUUUUUUUUUAUAAUAAUUUCCAUUAUUUAAAUCCAACUAUUACUUUUAGAAAUUUAUUUUCAAAGAAGCUCCACUUGCAGUUCCGUUACAUAAAAUUAUGUUCAUUGUAUCAAUAACUCCAAGUGCCCUCCUGUACUAAUAAUGGGAUUGAAAAUAAGUUAAAAAUUUUAAGAAUGUUGUGAGUGUUAAGGGAUUAUAAAUAUGAAUAGUGACAUAUAAUAUACAAAAGUAGUCUAAAAUAAAUUAUUUAUUGUACAUUUGAAUGUUUAUCACAUCUAGCAUUUAUCUGAUAAGAGAUAAUUUAUUUUAAUGAUAGUUUAGAUCAGAAAUGAAUUUUUAUGUGAAUUGCUGUGCCAAAAAUUUUGGUAAAUGUAAUGGAUUGUACAAACAAUGGAGAUGGUAUCUUAAUAAUACUAAUAUCCAUAUCAUUCAUGUAGAGAGACUUCAAUACUUAUUUUUAAUGCAAGACAGCCAAUGCACAUUUCAAAUUGAUCGUGUAAAACAGUGUUGACAAUUAAAAAGGACCAAUAAUCCCAUUCCAUUCUAUUCCUUGUUAUUUGUUAUCUUUUCUCCAAAAGAAAAAGCCUAUUAAUAAGAAAAAAUUUGUAUUUGUGUUAACUGUUAGCUUUAAUAAAUAAACAUUAUUUAUUGUUUUGUUUAUGUUGUAAUUACUGUAGAACAGAUACUGAGUACAGACAUUGUUUCCUGACCUUACAGUAUUAUAAUGUAUUUUAAGUUCUUGUAAAGUUCUUGUAAAGUCUUGUUAAGUUCUACUAAAAUAAUUAAAUAUU